GACAGCAAUAAAUGUUUGUCUCCUUUCCCCAUCUUUGAAUUCUCUGUUCACAUAUUGAAAACUGGAAUUCAUUUCUUUCUCAUGGCCCAAACCCAUCUUCAUCUUCACGCCUCCUCCAUAUUAAUCCUCUCAAUCCAUGGCCGCACCUCUAAUUAGCGUCAUCAUCACCAUAUUCUCCUUUCCCCUGACCCGAUUCCAUCUCCUCCUCAUCUUCCUCCACUCCCUGUUAUAGCAGAUCUGGUUCGAAAAUGGCGUCGGUGUUUCUGUACCACGUGAUUGGGGAUCUGACGGUGGGGAAGCCGGAGCUGGCGGAGUUCGCCGAGACUGAGACGGUGGAAUCGGCGAUCAAGGCGAUCGGGGAGUCGACUGAGUGCGGAAUUCCGGUUUGGAGGAAGAAGAGCGCCGCGGUGGCGGAGAGGGCGGAGAUGCGGCAGCAGAGGUUUGUCGGGAUCCUGAACUCGCUUGACAUUGUAGGGUUUCUGUGUAGGGAGGAGUGCUUGGCGGAUCGGGAGAAGGCGAUGAAGACUCCGGUGGCGGAGGUGGUGGUUCCUAACAAUUCGUUGCUCAAGGAGCUCGAUCCUGCCACCAGAUUGAUAGAUGCAUUGGAGAUGAUGAGGCAUGGGGUGAAACGGCUUCUGGUUCCAAAAGUUGUAGUCUGGAGAGGCAUGAGCAAGCGGUUCUCCAUUCUGUACAAUGGCAGAUGGCUCAAGAACAUCCCUACAUCUCCAAACCCCAACCAAUCAUCAUCUUCAUCUUCUUCAUCUUCAUCUUCAAACAGGUUCUGUUGCCUCUCCAGAGAAGACGUCAUCCGUUUCGUCAUCGGAUGCCUCGGCGCGUUGGCCCCUCUCCCCCUCUCCUCCGUCUCCGCCCUCGGAGCCAUCAACCCAAACUACCCCUCCCUCGAAGCGUCCCGCCCCGCAGUGGACGCCGCGACCCUGGCGGCCGCCCUGGACCCCUGCGCGGUCGCGGUCGUGGAGCCCACCGCGGAUGGGUACAGCAAGAUCGCUGGGGAGAUCUCGGCGACCAAGCUUUGGAAGUGCGACUACUCCGCUGCGGCAUGGGCCCUGGCCAACCUCUCCGCCGGACAAUUCGUCAUGGGGGUAGAGGACGACAACGCCGCCCCUUCCAAGUCCCUCCCGGAUUUUGCCUCCGCGAAUCCCCCGGUUUUGGGGUCCACGAGUAGGAUGAGGAAGUUCAGCAGCAAGAGCAUUGGGUUCUUUGACAACAACAACAACAACAACAACAUCAACAAGAACAGUUACCCCGCGGCGAGAAGCAUGUACCGGGGUAGGACUGCGCCCUUGACGUGUAGGGCCACGAGCUCGCUGGCGGCGGUCAUGGCGCAGAUGUUGUCUCACCGCGCCACGCACGUGUGGGUGACCGAAGCCGAGAACGAAGAGAGGUUGGUUGGGGUGAUUGGGUACGCUGAUGUCCUAGCUGCUGUCACCAGAGCUCCUCUGCCGCCGACGGGUUUUAUCACGGUGGUCCCGGAGAAACAGGCAUUUUGAAGACCAAAACUGUCAUAAAUAUAUAGCCCUAAACUACGCUUGUAGGACAUUAUGGGGUUGUUGCUAUGGCCUUAUGGGUUUGUGUUCUGUUUGGUUGGCUUGUUUCUCCUUCCUUCUGAUGGACAAGACAGAUUCUUUCUCAUUGAAAUGGUGUGUAUAGUAAGUAAACUAGAGAAUGUAUAGAGUGCAAUAGUUUAAAAACAAUAAGGUUACUCAUAUAGUUUAUGAGGUAAAUGGUACGGAGUAAUACAUUUUUUUGUGUUUU